AUGGCAGCGACUCGGUGGUUGCUGCUUAUCUGCCUCGCCGCCGCCGGAGUACUCCAAGCUCGUGCACAGCCCGACAGCAUCGGUUUCAUCAGCAUAGACUGCGGCCUGCCGGGGACGGCGAGCUACGUGGACGACACCACCAAGCUGUCGUACGCCCCGGACGCCGCCUUCAUUCACACUGGCUCCAACCACAACAUCUCGGCCGAGUACCUGACGCCCAAGCUCGGCAAGCGCUACCACAACGUGCGCAGCUUCCCCGACGGCAUCCGCAGCUGCUACACGCUCCGCUCCAUCGUUGCGGGGCUCAAGUACCUCAUCCGCGCCGCGUUCAAGUACGGCAACUACGACGGCCUCGGUCGGCCGCCCGUCUUCGACCUCUACGUCGGCGUCAACUUCUGGAGCAACGUGAACGUCUCGAGCCCAGACGGCGAGGAGGUCCUCGAGGCCAUCGUCGUCGUGCCUGACGACUUCGUGCAGGUCUGCCUGGUGAACACCGGGUCCGGGACGCCGUUCAUCUCCGCGCUGGAGCUGAGGCCGCUCAAGAGCUCGCUCUACCCGCACGCGAACGCGACGCAGGGGCUGCUCCUGUUCGACCGCCGCAACUUCGGUCCAAACGAUGCUGCGGACAUCGUCAGGUACCCUGACGAUCCACACGACAGAGUAUGGGUCCCUCUCGUCGACGCUACCACCAGCUGGAGCUCUGUAUCGACGACGAGUACGGUCCAAAACUCCAACGAUGCAUCAUACGAGGCGCCGUCCAAGGUGAUGCAAACGGCGAUUACGCCACGCAACGCCUCCGGGAACAUCUCCUUCACGUGGAACUCCCAGCUGCGGCCCGAUGACCCGACGCCGGGGUACGUCGCCGUUCUGUACUUCGCCGAGCUGCAGAGCCUCCCCAGCAACGCAGUGCGCCAGUUCUACAUCAACCUCAACGGCGAGCUAUGGUACCGGAGCUACUCGCCGCACUACCUCUUCGCCGACACCCUCCACAGCCUGAGCCCCAUGCGGGACUACGCUCAGUACAAUUUCUCCAUCAACGCCACCACCAACUCGACGCUGCCGCCGAUUAUCAACGCCGUGGAAGUUUUCUCCGUCAUCUCCACCACUAACGUUGGCACAGACUCCCAGGACGUAUAUGCCAUCACUGCAAUUAAGGAGAUGUAUCGCGUGCAAAAGAAUUGGAUGGGUGACCCAUGUGGUCCGAAGACUCUUAAGUGGGACGGACUGACUUGCAGCUACGCCAUAUCCAGUACUCCAAGAAUCACUCGCGUAAACAUAUCCUUCAGCGGUCUGGAUGGCGAUAUAUCAUCUUCUUUUGCAAAUCUCAAGGCCAUCCAAUAUUUGAAUCUAUCACACAACAAUUUGACAGGCUCAGUUCCUGAUACCCUCUCACAGUUACCUUCAUUAACAGUUCUAUAUGGCAAUAACCCAAACCUCUGCACCAACGCCGAUUCAUGUCAUACCGUGAAAGAGAAGAGCAAGCUUGCCGUCUAUAUUGCUGUCCCAGUAGUUCUGGUUGUGGUGAUAGGACUACUGGUAGCACUGCUCUUUUACUUCCUGAUGAGCAGGAAACAGCAAGGACCAACGAAAAACACCGUGAAGCCUCAAAACGAGACGCCUGUAAGCCAUGUUCCAACAGGUGGCACGUACGUGCAGAGCUCGCUGCAGCUCGCUGAGAACCGCCGGUACACGUACAAGGAACUCAAGAUGAUCACGAACAACUUCCAGCGCGUGCUCGGUCGAGGAGGGUUCGGAAAAGUCUACAAUGGCUUCUUGGAGGAUGGCACUCAGGUGGCAGUCAAGCUGCGUUCUGAUUCUUCCAAUCAGGGUGUCAAGGAGUUCCUCGCGGAGGCUCAGAUAUUGACACGGAUUCAUCACAAGAAUCUGGUGUCUAUCAUUGGUUACUGCAAGGAUGGAGAGUACAUGGCCCUUGUCUAUGAAUACAUGUCAGAAGGAACCCUUCAAGAGCACAUUGCAGGAAAUGGCCGCAACAGAAGAUACUUAACUUGGAAGCAGAGGCUCAGAAUCGCACUGGAAUCAGCCCAAGGGCUGGAAUAUCUGCACAAGGGGUGCAACCCACCUCUCAUUCAUAGGGACGUGAAGGCAACCAACAUCCUACUGGACACGAAACUGGAGGCUAAGAUUGCCGAUUUUGGCUUGUCCAAGACUUUCAAUCGUGACAACGAAGCUCACAUAUCCACAAACACCCUUGUUGGCACUCCCGGAUACGUUGAUCCAGAGUACCAAGCAACAAUGCAGCCGACGACCAAAAGUGAUGUUUAUAGCUUCGGUGUCGUGCUACUCGAGCUUAUCACGGGGCGGCAAGCUAUCCUUUCCGACCCAGAGCCCACUAGUAUCAUCCACUGGGUGCGCCAACGCUUGGCGAGGGGCAAUAUUGAGGACGUCGUGGAUGUGCGAAUGCGCGGCGACUACGACAUCAACGGUGUGUGGAAGGCUGCGGAGAUCGCGCUCAAAUCCACCAUGCAGGUGUCGGCGCAGCGUCCUACGAUGACCGAUGUGGUGGGGCAGCUGCAGGAGUGCCUCCAGCUGGAGGAGGGCCGCACCGGCGGUGACGCAACCGGCAGCAGCCGCGACCCCAGCUCAGGUUACAACGCGUACGCCACUGACGGUCAGUCCGCCAUUGACGUGAGCCAGAGCAGCAGUGCAUUUGAGAUGGAACACAACUUUGGGAGGGCACCGAGAAUGGGCAUAGGUCCUGCAGCACGGUAACGUUCUUGCGGUUUUCAAUGGCGUCGUUUACAAAAGCAGCUCCGAAUACAAUGGUUCAGACUUUAUAAUUAGCGUGUGAUGCUUUGCCCUAAAUAAAGAAGUGUUCUUCCUUUUGUUUGCCACAAAACCUUGGAAUCCAUAUACUGCUUUUGCCUGUUCUUCCCUUAGCAGAACACUCCAUUUGUAAUGUUAAAAAAGAAAGUAUUA